UUGUUUAACGCCGCACUCAGAAAUAAAAAACCAACAAACAAAGUCGCCAUAGAAAUAAAUGCUGAUUUUGCAUAUCACAUAUGAACAUCUUUGAUAUUAAUGUUGUGCUGCGUAUUCUGAAAGAGAAAUAUUUUUCACGGCGUACACGUUUUAUGGGUUACAUCUCAGGUCAUGACCAAGGCACAUCGACCAAACUUUGUUUACGUGCGUCACAAGUCAUCUCUUUACACUUUUUUUAAAACACUGAUCUUCCUAAGUGCACCGUGAAAUCUGGUCUCUUGCUAAUAGGUCACGCGCUGCAAUUCAGCCUUUUAAACUUUGACAUCUCCUGGCGGUAUCUUCCUGAUGGGAAGUGACGUAUUUCUAUGCAGCCAAGUCUCGUUAAUCCGACAAUCGGCUUUAUCCAAAACUAAUGAUGGGAACCGAUUAAAUCAGAGCUAUUUAGACCCGUUAAUCCGUUAAUCUCGCACUCCGAAUCCGACACACCUAAUUUGCAACGAAUUACCGAAAUCACUCAUUAAACAGUCCCGUUAAGCCGACACCGUGGACAACGUGUUUGUAUCGUUAUCUAUCGUGUAGUUAUCGUCCGCAGUGUUCGCACAGGACAGGGCAAAUUUUCCCGGGAGUGUUGAAAUUGGCUCGUUGCAACCGUAUUUCGUCGCUGGUGAAAAAGCUUGUGCGCCAUUUUUAUUCGUCUAUUAAUAAUAUAUAUAUUUGCUUGAGAUCAUAGACGUGUCGUCCACCUCUUGGUACUCAACACUUCAACAGUAUGAAAAAAACAAAUAUUGCAAAGCUAGAAUCCAGUAGAAAGGGUGUCAAUGUAUCGAUGUUUACGGGACUUGUGACGUCACCUUCCGGCCAACACAGUGAGGCGUGUUCCAAAAUGACGGUCGAAUUCUCAGGUGAGUUCGUAAGACAUUGCUUAUUAUGAACAUCUGCUGGCGAUACGGCAAACUGUCAUAUACAGAAGCCGGAGACAUAGCUGCAGUUCUAAAAACCGUAUCGACUUUUCACCCAGAACAUCUAUCGGAAGUUGUGUUGACAGCGUCAAACGAACAAGAAAAGUCCUCUGUUGAAUCUCAGUGCCAGGAACUAUUUCAUCUCGAGUUGAAGACAACACACAGACAGGAAGAUUCGAUACCUUCAUUAAAGGAGGAGUUCGAGCCCUUGUUGAGAGUUCCGCCUGACUCUGGUGGUGUGACGGAUGUGGGUCCGACACUGAGUGAGAACAUCGCAUCCCGUGUGAGGAAGAUGGCCCAGGUGGUGAUAGACUCGCUCAUCAGCGUCAAGACUCAGGACGAGGAUGACCAGCCGUAUCGUAAAACAGAGUAAUCUCUGGGAAUAAACAGACUGCAAACCCCAUCGGCCAUGUCGUGUUUUCUUACACUGUCAAUACACGUGUUAAUGACACAAUAUUAUGUAUAUUUUUUAAUAUUGAAAUAUAUAAGACGCACAUUCAUUAGAACACGCUGGUGUUGCCCUGACAACUAAGAUACAGUGAGUGGGGAUGGGUUGAAGUGGGCUGUCAGUGUGGUCAUCUGCCCACUAUAUUUGAUUGAAUUUGAAUAAACAUAUGACAAGA